UUGGAGAUGGCAGCCAGCUGAGAUGAAGGAGACUUGCAUGGCAAGUUGCUAGGUUUCACGUGAUCUGCUGCCUUUGUAAGUUAGAAGGCCAUCAUGGACGUGGACAUAGACAUAGACACUGAACAACUCUUUACUGAAGAAAAGCCAAAAAACUAUGCCCAGCCCGAUGUCCUGUGUCACACCUUUGACCUUCUCUCUUGCCUUCACAAGUUGCUCCCAAAUCAGAUGGUGGAAGUGCUUCAUUCCUACAGAAGCGAAGAGGACAAAACCAAAUGUGAGAAGCCUGAAUUCUCUGGCCUAGAAAAGAUCUUAGCAAGACAUCAGUUGCCAAAAGAGAUUAGUCUAUCCCCAAAGCCAAGCCAUAUGCCCUCAUGGAAAAGAAAAAUAAUCAACAAUAUUAGUGGCAACUGGAAGAAAUGUCACCUGUGGCAGAAAAGCACCUAUGAGCCACCCAUGGGAACCAUCGUUGCCAGGUGGACCAAAAAGAAUUUGCAACCCACGGAGGACCUCAAAUCAGUCAUUCAAAGACUGACAGCACUUGGCCCAAUCAUCUCAGUCACUCCUUGUGGACGACAAAGUGCUGUCGUGGUGUUCAGAGAUGUCACCUCUGCUUGUAAGGCUGUGAGUGCUUUUCAGUCCAUGUCGGGAGGCUCAAUGUUCCAGUGCUCAUGGCAGCAUCGAUUCAUGACAAAAAAUAAAACUUGGUCAGGAAAAUUUCCUUCAAAAGUACACUCAGAAAAAAAGGAGAGACAGUAGCCAAGGAGCCAUAAACAGCCGUUGUGUAUCUGCUGUGUGCAGGGCUCUGG